UUCCAAGUCAUUGAAAUGCAACUGGUAAAAAGGCCUGGAACCAUUGUGACAGCGCCACGUACCUUUCCUUUCCCAUUUACUUGGCUUUCGUUUUAUUUUUUCUUCCUUCUCGCAUUUUCUUCUGCUGCUGAAUCUGCUAUUUGGUUAUUUCUAAGAAAAGAAGCAACGCCAUCGAUUUUUUGGUUAUCGGCUAACAACAGAUCUAAGACACAAAAGAUGAGAAGCUUCAACUUCUUCGGGAGGUUAUCUAGGGCUUUCCACGAUUAUCCUUCUCUUUCUAAGAUCAUCGUCGUUUCUACAAUCAGUGGUGGGAGUCUUAUAGCUUAUGCUGAGGCAAACGCAUACAAUGACAGUAAGAACCAUGUUGCUCAUGCUGAUGCAGUCACGUCCAAUGGUGCGCAUUGGACUGCUUUAUCUGAAGUAGUUCCCAAGAAAAAGAAGGUGGUGCUGCUUGGAACUGGUUGGGCAGGAAUGAGUUUCUUGAAGAAUCUAAAUAACCCUACUUAUGAGGUGGAAGUUGUGUCUCCUCGUAAUUUCUUUGUGUUUACCCCAUUGCUACCGAGUGUCACGUGUGGUAAAGUAGAAGCUCGCAGCAUUGUAGAGCCAAUUCGCAACAUCAUCAGAAAGAAAAAUGUUGAUAUCAGUUUCACUGAAGCUGAAUGUCUCAAGAUAGACCCAGAAAAUAAGAAAAUUUACUGCCGUGCUACAUUAAAUACCAAUUCAAACGUGGAAGAGUUUGCAGUAGACUUCGACUACCUUAUUAUAGCUGUGGGAGCUCAAGUUAACACCUUUAAUACUCCUGGUGUCAAGGAAAAUUGCCAUUUCUUGAAGGAAAUUGAUGAUGCUCAGAAGAUUCGUAAGAAUGUUAUUGAGUCUUUUGAGAAGGCAAGCCUACCCAAUUUAAGUGAUGAGGAGAGAAAGAAAAUCCUUCACUUUGUGAUUGUUGGCGGUGGCCCUACAGGUGUUGAAUUUGCUGCAGAACUUCAUGAUUUUGUCAAUGAGGAUGUGGUCAAACUAUAUCCAAUGGUCCGAGCCUAUGUGAAAAUAACACUUCUUGAGGCUACAGAUCAUAUUUUAAACAUGUUUGACAAAAGAAUCACAAAUUUUGCCGAACAUAAAUUCGGAAGAGAGGGCAUUGAUGUGAAAUUAGGGUCGAUGGUCACGGAAAUAAGUAAAAAUGAAAUUUCUACAAAAGAAAGAGGUAAUGGCAAAACAACUUCUACACCAUAUGGAAUGGUUCUCUGGUCAACUGGCAUUGGGCCUCGUCCUCUCAUAAAGGAAUUUAUGAAGCAAAUUGGUCAGGGUAAUAGGCGUGCUUUAGCAACUGAUGAAUGGCUGCGAGUUGAGGGACUUGAUAACAUUUAUGCACUUGGUGACUGUGCAACUAUUAACCAGCGGAAAGUCAUGGAAGAUAUAUCGGAAAUAUUUAAAAAGGCAGACACGGACAACUCGGGAACACUGACAGUCAAAGAAUUUCAAGAAAUCAUUGAUGAUAUCUGUGAAAGAUACCCUCAGGUGGAGCUUUAUCUGAAGAGCAAGCAAGUGCGUAACAUUGUUGAUUUCUUGAAGGAAGCCCAAGGGGAUGCUGCAAAAGAAUCCAUUGAGCUGAAUAUUGAAGAAUUUAAAUCCGCUCUUUCUCAAGCUGAUUCUCAGAUGAAGAACCUUCCUGCAACAGCACAGGUUGCAAAUCAGCAAGGUGCCUAUCUUGCUAAGUGCUUCAACCGUAUGGAGGAGUGCGAAAAGAAUCCUGAAGGUCCGACUAGGAUAAGGGGAACAGGUCGCCAUCGAUUCCAUCCCUUUAGUUACAGGCACUUGGGACAGUUUGCUCCUCUGGGAGGGGAGCAAACAGCUGCACAGCUUCCUGGUGAUUGGGUCUCCAUUGGACACAGUGAGCAGUGGCUCUGGUAUUCUGUCUAUGCAAGCAAGCAAGUAAGCUGGCGCACAAGGGCAUUGGUGGUCUCGGACUGGGUGAGGCGUUUCAUUUUCGGGCGGGACACCAGUGGCAUAUAAGGCAACUAACAGAUCUGUCGUUGCUGGAGUUACUAUUUUGCGGAAUUGCUACGUAAACAGUACAAGGUCUACAGUUAGAAAUGCUGUAGAAAAUUUUUGUUUUUACCAAUUCAUUCAUUAAUAAUCGUACUGCCUUGCAGGUUUUGAACAAUUGGCAGUGUUUUCACUUGCCAAAACUUACAAAUUAUUUGAUUUAAUCUUGCCUACGGAAAUGUUGUAGGCGUUCUCUUGAUGAAGAAUCUUGUCAUCAGAAAGUUUUGCUUUUUGAAGCUAAAUUUUAGUUUAUAUCUGAGCUACAUGAAAAUAUUUCGACUCGA